GUAUUUUUUAAUGAAAAAUGAGAAAACCCCGGGCGGUUUUUGAGUCCAGUCUGUAGUUCCAUCGCCAGUUUGAGAUAUUUUUCUCCUCCGUUUGGCUUUCGUGGCCAGUCGUUACCAUUUCACUCGAUAAGAAAAUUCACAUUUCUUUGGGCCUCUUCAAACGCUGAUUGUUGUUGUUUAGUCCCACCCAAAAUGGAGAGCCGUCUUCCUUGUUCUGCUGCAGAUUCCCCAGGACUGGGCUCAACCAGAAAGGGGGACGAGUGGGUCGGUUACAAACAUGUCUGGGUAGUGCACAAUCUGGACACUUGUGUUCUAAAACGCUGCGGUUUUAACAGCGGUGCUCCGUAUCCUGCCUGAUCCUGGGGCACGCGCGGCGUGGGUUUUAUCGUUUGUAUUGUGGAUAUUUCGCCGUGCUUCGUUCCCGGGUUUCUGCAGGUUUUAUUUUUGUGGUAUGGUCCACUUGGAACUGGGAACCUGAGGGGUCAAAGUAGGGGGGUGGGUGAAGAAGUAUAUUCAGCACCUGGCUUGUUUUAACGUCCCAUAAACCAUGGGUUUUUUUCAGUUACUUAUUGAAAACGUUCCUGAGUAUUUUUGACUCCGUUCUACGCUAGCGCUAGCAUACCCGUUUUCAGCCUCGCUCCGAUGGUACCCCUACAAUGCGUUUAGACUGACCGUUUUGAAGCGGAUUCGAUUUUAACAUACUAGAACUGCUAGCUAGUUACUGUGACGAUUUGCUUGUCAGGGGAGAACAUCGUGCAUUCACCAAGAAUGCAUUUUAAAGUCCUAUUUUGUUGCUAGCAUCGCCUGUGCUGAUAUGCGGAUAUCCCAGCCCGAUUACUAUCUGGCUUACUACUAGCAAGCCACAGCACUAUGCCGUUGUAUCAAAAUGUUAUUGCGAACUAGUGUGGUUGGAUAUUGUGUAUUUAUUACAUGCAAACAUUAAAUUGUUACAUUUAAAUUAAUUAGAGUAUGCAUCAAUCUGAGAAAUAAAAAGAACACAUGGAGCUACGUGUGAACGUUUGUUAUAUUAUAGGUGUGUUAUGUAUUUAUUCAUCUGUAUGCCCAGUUCCCAGUACAAGUAUGCACACUGAUAGUAAAAAACACAAGUAACUGAAUGAUGCAUUGAUGAUGUGUACCUGCUGUUCUCGGCAGAGAUGUGUGAAGAUGUCUGCACUCUGAAAAUGCUCCCCCUAUGUGCACUGCAGCCCCUGAGUUAUGACACUGUUUCAGGUUUAGCUGUAGAUGGCAUCAAUCCGCUCCUCUCAGAUAUAACCCCGGGUUGUGAAGGUAAACGCAGUCUUUGUGUAAUCUUCACCGGUAAUGAGAAAAACAAUCCAUCAGCGUCGGUGAAGCCGGUGGCGUUCGCUGACCAUUGUGACUCCUCCGGUCUGUGUCACAAAUCUUUUGGGGAAUUUGAUCUCAGCUGACCACUACGCAUUCGCCGGUCCUGUCCCAUCAGCGUAACCCCUGGAGACCCAUGACCUGCGAGCACCGCGUGAUCAGCUGAAGGCGGGAGAGCUCUGCGCGAAGGACCCGUGGAGGAGUCGUCAUGGAGACCAAGCAGGAAGUGGCCCCCGUGUGGAGCCAGCCCCCUGAUAACGAGGCCAGCGGUGCCACUCAGGUGCACUUUGAGGGGGGCACGGUGGCUCAGAUCGUGUACAGUGGAGAGCAGCAGGAGCGGGGGCCCCAGCAGGUGGUCUACGCCGCCGACGGCAGCUCCUACGCGUCGGUGGAGUCGGCGGAGCACACGCUGGUCUACAUCCACCCGGCCGACGGAGGACAGUUCACAGACCAGCCCCAGCUGGCUUACAUACAGCAGGAUGGCACCACGCAGCAGGUGACCGUGCUGCUGCCCAGCGGCCAAAACAUGAACGCUGCCAAUCUGCACGUGCUCAGUAACGUGGCGGAAGCCCCCCAGGCCUUGCUGGAACCUGUGUCCCAGGUGCCUCCUUCCGUGUCCGGGUCCUCCUUGCCCACCCUGGCCGGGUCCUCCGUCGGCCACCUGGGGCCCCUGGGGGCCGGCGACUCGGCCCUGGACUCUGAGGAGGACGAGGAGGACGACGAGGCGGACGACUCGGAGCUGGACGACUGGGACCUGGGAACCCCGAGACCCUUCAACCCUCAGGACCUGUGGUGUGAGGAGUGUAACAACGCGCACCCCUCGGUGUGUCUGAAGCACGGGCCCCUGCACCCCAUCCCCAAUCGGCCGGUGCUGUCCAAGGCGCGGGCCAGCCUGCCGCUGGUGCUGUACCUGGACCGCUUCGCGUCCGGGGUCUACUCCAAGCGCCGCAUCCCCAAGCGCACGCAGUUCGGCCCCGUGGAGGGGCCCCUGGUGCGCCAGGGCGAGCUGCGGGACGACUACAUCCACCUGAAGGUGUGCAUGCUGGAUACGCCCAAAGACGUGGAGCAGAGGGACGACACGUGGGUGGAGCUAUCGGACGAGGAGCGCUGCAAUUGGAUGAUGUUCGUCCGGCCCGCCCAGAAUCACCUGGAGCAGAACCUGGUGGCCUAUCAGUACGGAGCGGACAUCUACUACACCACCAUCAAGAACAUCCAGCCCAAGCAGGAGCUCAGGGUCUGGUACGCUGCCUCAUAUGCAGAGUUCGUCAAUCAGAAGAUUCACGACAUCACGGACGAGGAGAGGAAAGUCAUGCGGGAGCAGGAGAAGAACUGGCCGUGCUACGAGUGCAACCGGCGCUUCAUGAGCUCCGAGCAGCUGCAGCAGCACCUCAACAUGCACGACGACAAGCUCGACUUCGUCACCAGGGGGAAGGGGCGGGGCCGGGGGCGGGGCAGGCGGCGCUUCGGCACGGGCAGGAGGCCGGGGCGCCCGCCGAAGUUGCUGCGCCCGGAAAUCUCCGUGGAGAUCAGCGAGGACCGCACGCAGGACAUGCUGGGAUUUUCGGCGAAGGGCCCGUACGCGGAGGGGCCGGACGGGGCCCUGAACGGGCUGAGGGACAUGGACCUGGGGUCCCAGGGCGGGGUCCCCGGCACCCCCACCGCCAGCCGGGACGAGCACGGGGAGCUGCCCCCCAGCAGCGAGCUGGCCCCCCUCACCGACUCCCCGGAGCCCCCCCAGUCCAUCGCCGACCCGCCCGAGUCCCCGAAGGAGGACGCGGCCCACGGGAACACGCCCGACCCCCACCUCACCCCGGAGGACAUGAGGCGCGCCCGCCGGAUACGGAACGCGGCCCUGCAGCACCUGUUCAUCAGGAAGUCCUUCCGGCCCUUCAAGUGCUCGCAGUGCGGCAAGGCCUUCCGCGACAAGGACAAGCUGGACCAGCACCUGCGCUACCACGGCCGCACCAGCGCCUGCCCGCUCACCUGCCACGUCUGCGACAAGGGCUUCCUCAACAGCGCCGCCCUGGAGGCGCACAUGCGCCUGCACGCCGACCAGAAGACCUACUCCUGCCUCUUCUGCGCCGAGUCCUUCGACCGCCUGGACCUGCUCAAGGAGCACGUGGCCGUGCACCUGGUGGACGGGCGCUUCAGCUGCCCCUCCUGCAAGAAGCGCUUCGCCGACUUCAUCCAGGUGAAGAAGCACGUGCGCAGCUUCCACUCGGAGAAGACCUUCCAGUGCACGGAGUGCGACAAGGCCUUCUGCAGGCCCGACAAGCUGCGUCUGCACAUGCUCCGCCACUCGGACCGCAAGGACUUCCUCUGCUCCACCUGCGGCAAGCAGUUCAAGCGGAAGGACAAGCUGCGGGAGCACAUGCAGCGCAUGCACAACCCCGAGCGCGAGGCCCGGAAGGCCGACCGCGUGCACCGCUCCAAGACGCUCAAGCAGAAGGUCCCCACCACCGACAUCGAGAGCUUCAUGUUCAAGUGCCGGCUGUGCAUGAUGGGAUUCCGCCGCCGCGGCAUGCUGGUGAACCACCUCUCCAAGCGACACCCGGAGAUGAGGAUCGAGGAGGUUCCUGAGCUCACCCUCCCCAUCAUCAAGCCCAACAGAGACUACUUCUGCCAGUACUGUGACAAGGUGUAUAAGAGCGCCAGUAAGAGGAAGGCUCACAUCCUGAAGAACCACCCGGGGGCGGAGCUGCCCCCCAGCAUCCGUAAGCUCCGCCCCGCGGGCCCCGGGGAGCCCGACCCCAUGCUGAGCACCCACACCCAGCUGACGGGCACCAUCGCCACGGCGCCCGUCUGCUGCCCGCACUGCGCCAAGCAGUACAGCAGCAAGACUAAGAUGGUGCAGCACAUCCGGAAGAAGCACCCGGAGUUCGCCCAGGUGGCCAACAGCAUCCAGGCCCCGCUGGCCACCGCCGUCAUCAGCAGCGCCCCGGCCGUCAUCACCGCCGACGGCACCGCCGCGGAGGCAGUGGUGACCACAGACCUGCUGACCCAGGCCAUGACGGAGCUGUCCCAGACGCUGACCAGCGACUACCGCGGUGCCCAGGGGGACUACCAGCGCAUCCAGUACAUCCCCGUCUCGCAGGCAGGGGGCGCUCUGGGGCAGCCGCAGCACAUCCAGCUCCAGGUCGUCCAGGUGGCGCCUGCGCCCUCUCCCCAGAGCUCCCAGCAUUCCACGGUGGACGUGAGCCAGCUGCACGACCCCGGCAGCUACGGCCAGCACUCCAUCCAGGUGCAGCACAUCCAGGUGACGGAGGCCGCCGGGCAGGGCACCGCCCAGGUCACAGGUCAGGCUCUGAGCCCCUCCUCCCAGCAGGUGUCCCAGGAGCUUAGCCCCACCCAGCUGGUCCCGGUGACCCUCGCCCAGGGCAACGCCCUGCAGACCACCUCCUCCCAGCAGGGGGCGGUGCAGCACACGUACCUGCCGGGGAACUGGAACUACAGGAGCUACCCCUCGGAGAUCCAGAUGAUGACUCUGCCCCACGCCCAGUAUGUGAUCACAGAGGCAGGAGCCCCGGUGACCGGUGUCAACAGCAGCCAGGUGAAAACGCAGACGCACUACGUGAUCUCCGAGGGACAGGCGGAGCUGGACCCCAAAGUGGGCCAGGCCCCGUCCCAGGUGCACCCGGACCAGCUGGAGCAGCAGGCCUCCGACCCGCAGGCCCCCACCCAGUACAUCAUCACCACCACCACCAACGGCAACGGAUCCAGCGAGGUCCAGAUCACCAAACCGUGACCCGGCACCCGGCAAACCUCCCCUGGGCCCGUCGGGCGGCCCGGUCUAGACUGCGCACGCACAAACGUUCUUCCCCUUAGGCAGUGAUGAUGGAGGAGGAGGAGGAGGAGGUGGAGGCCAGCCAGACGUUUGGCUGAAAGCUGCAUCACGGCUAAUGGCCGAGGCGUGUGACUCACCAGUAACAGUGGAAGAAAAGUGGAUUUCGCACAAAAUUACAGGACUGAUAUAUUUUUCCCUUUUUUUCCCCAGAGGCAACUGAGUUCGUAACAGUCUCACAAUACUGUGAACGGGUGUGUUUAUUUUUUUUUAGAACACUGGAACGUCCACCUCGGGUGCGCUCUCCCUCCAGAAUGACUGAAAACGGACACAGACGGAAGUUGCUCUCGCGGGCGAAUCCCUCCUCCCUAAAAACACACCCUCCUCUGUGCUUAAAUCACACUUAAAAUGGUCUCUUGCAGACUUAUCUCCAGCAUACUGUAUUUCUGAAGCACCAUUGUCGUGAAAAAACAAUUUCACAUUUGUACAUUUGAGCUUUUUACAAAAGGAAUAAUUAUUGUUUAUGAGCUGUUUUAAUUUGAUUUUUUAAAAUUGAUUUAUUAUUUAACAUAGUCCAAGCGAUGAAAGAAUGAACCUGCGCACAGUGUUCGUAUUGUUGCGUUUAAAAAAUAAACAUACUGUCAGAGCUUACCCAGCUAUCAAUCUGUUCUCACAGCGAUGCUAGAAUGUAUCGUCAAUGUUAUAACAUUGCUGCUACAUCGCAGCGACAUUGUGAGAACGCUUUGUGUUAGCCUGCUACUCAGUCAACUCCUAAAUCAAGAGAAGAGGUACGAUCUGUGAGCGAGUGAAUAAAGCACAAGGUUGCCUGUUUUGGGAUGUAGAUUGAUAUUUGAAGAGUUACGCAGAACAGGGUUUUAUACAUUCCCUCAACACUCUCAUAGUGCCAAAUGAUAUAACAACUGGUGACGGCCUAGUGCUUUUUUUUUAUUUUUUAGAAAGUGUUUGGAACCCAGCGUUUGGACUGAAAACCUGCAAAUCUUGCUUAGGAAAUCUUAGGAUGACACGCCUUUGAACAUCGAUGUCUGAUUGUUGCGAUUUUCCAAAAAUACACUUUACCCGUUUUGCUUUUACUGCACACACAAAACUGUUGGCACAUUUCACUGAGCCCUGCUAAGUGUGUGAUGUGCUGUAACACGUGUGACCCUGAGCGCCACCUGUUCAGCGUCUCCAGAGGGAAGAGGUUAUUUGUACAAUUUCUGCGAUGGUGACGGAGCGAAAUGAGCUUGUAUAAAUAAGAAACUACAUUAUAAUAAAUGUCUCCUUUCUGUACAGUGGUAUACAGGUGCAGUCGUCCCAUUGUUGUAUGUGACAUUGAGAAAUUGAACAAAUAAAUAAUUUUAUAUCCACUCAUA